AAGCAGUAAGGAAGUUGCAGGUGGUAAUGGCCUGUCCACUACAAAGCCAGUUAUAGAUAUCUUUCCUGAUAACCUCAUAUGACUGAAAUCAUGUCAAGAGCGAGCACAUCUCUCUGGAUCAUUCUUUUGCUACGUGCAGGAGUUUCCAGUAAAGAGAAUACUAAUGGCUGUGAUAUGAACCCGUGCAUGAAUGGUGGAGUGUGCAAGAACGAGGAUGGAAAUUACAAAUGUCACUGUUCCCGAGAGAUCCAAAAUGGUCCCCUCUAUGGAGGGCCAAACUGCACGGUAGUCCUUCUGGGUUGUGAACUUCACAUGUGCCAGAAUGGUGGCACAUGCUAUCCAUACUUUAGUAAAGGAAGCCAUAGAUACAGCUGUAUCUGCCCUGAGGGUUUCAUUGGAACAAAGUGCCAGACGUCCACAACCUUCUCGUUUGAGAAGAGUGGCUUUAUGCAGAUCCAGACCAACCUCACAAAUGCUUUCGAAUUCUUGAAUAUCACUCUGAGUUUUCGCACAUUACAGGCAGCAGCUACACUUCUCCAAUGCCAAGUUGAAGAUCAGCUUCUCACGCUGGAGUUAGUGGAUGGGCAACUACGCCAUACAUGGCAGAGAGCCCAGGACACUAAAGUGAUUCUAGUGGAGGUCCAGUUGACAGUUUCUGAUGGGCAGUGGCACACAGUGAAGGCCUCAUUGCAAAACAGCAUGCUUCAAUUGAAUCUUAAAGACCCAUCUUGCCCUGGGAACACUUGUAACAUGGAAGUUCACAUAGAGAGAGCAGAACCCGAACUGGGUUCAGGUCUGUCUGAAUUGACUGUGAUCCAGAACAUCUACAUUGGUGGAAUAGGAGAGCAAGAGACUGCUUCAAACUUUCUGGGAUGUAUUCGAGAUAUGUGGCUGGAUUCACAAGUGGUAUUGCCUGGAUCAGGGCAGAGGGCUCCGAUUAAGCAGUUAAAUGUGAAACAGGGAUGCAGUGAUGAGGACAGAUGCAAAGAAAACCCAUGCCAGAACAGAGGCCGAUGUGUCAAGACUGGAUGGAGGAGUUUCAGCUGCGAAUGUCAUCGACCUUAUGAGGGUGAACACUGUUUAGAUGAGUAUUUCACAGCAAGGUUUGGAAAUGAAGAUCUGGAGAGCUACGCUAUGUUCAUUGUGGAAGACACCCCAGGUGACAGUAUUACGGUGUCCAUGUUUGUGCGUACACGCCGACAGCAGGGGCUGCUCCUGGUCCUCUCCAACAGUACCAGUCAAUAUCUUCGUGUCUGGCUUGAGGCUGGAAAGGUCAAAGUUCAAAUCAACAACUUUGAAAGCCUGCUUGGAAUGGAAAUGGUCAGCGAUGGCCAGUUUCAUCUCAUAACCGUGCUUGUGGAACCAGAAUACCUAACACUGUUUCAGUCUGCUAAGAGCCAAGGUUGCAUUCCCACCCGCAGUGUCCUGGUCCAGACUGGAGAUCUAGUAUAUGUGGGGGGCUUAUCUGACCGGCGUGCAUCACUGGCCUUCGGGGGAUACUUCAAGGGCUGUAUCCAAGACCUGCGUUUAAAUACCAGACGCCUGCAGUUCUACCCCAUCAGUGUCCCGGUUAGCUCCUACAGGCUCGAGAGCUUGGUGGAAGUCACACAUGGGUGUACUGGCGAUGACUCUUGCAGUAACAAUCCGUGUUUGAAUGGAGGUGUGUGCUACUCCAUGUGGGAUGACUUCACCUGCAGCUGCCCACCCAAUACAGCAGGACAGCACUGUGAGGAAGUCAAGUGGUGUGCGCUGUCUCCAUGUCCCUCCACGGCCAUAUGUCAAGCACACAGUCAGGGUUUUGAAUGUGUGGCCAAUGUGAGCCUUGGCAGUGACAGUCCCAUAAUCACCUAUCGUGGCAAUGGAAAAAUACGGCGAUACCUCAGCAACAUUUCAAUACAGUUCCGAACCAGGCAGCAAAAUGCUACUCUAUUGCAUGCCAAGCGAGAUUCACAGUUCAUUACCAUUUCAAUCCAGGAUGGACACCUGCUUUUAGAGCUGCAGGGAGAAAAAGAGACCUCCUUCGCAAUUGCACGAAGCCUAGCCCUGGUUAGUGAUGGCCAGUGGCACAGAGCAGACUGCAGCAUGGACAUCCCAGCUCUAGAGACAUCCAGAUGGAAAAUGGCUUUGGAUGAACGCUGGGACAAGCCCACAAUCUCCUUAUUUGCCUCAAAAGAUCUGGAUUUCCUGCGAGAAGAUGUGGACAUCUUCUUGGGGGGUUUAGGGUCAGAUUUUGAAGGUAACUUUGCUGGAUGUCUUGGUUUAGUUGAAAUUGGAGGUCUUACAUUGCCAUAUUACAGUGACACAGAGAUGAACAUGCCCAGACCCCAGGAAGAACAGUUUCUACGAACAUCUGGCAUUCCUCACUUUGGCUGUUGGGGAUCCAAUGUUUGCGAGCCUGACCCCUGCCAGAAUGGGGGAGUUUGUGAGGAUCUGUUCAACCAUUUCAAUUGCAAAUGCCAAUCUGAUUGGGAUGGCCAAAUGUGUGAGGUUAGUGUCAACUCUUGCACAUCCAACCCCUGUGUUCAUGGAACCUGCAGAGUGGUCUCAGGAGGAUAUGAGUGCUUAUGUGAUGUAGGAUAUACCGGCCUACGCUGUGAAUUUGAGGUGGACAUAUGCGCCCACCACAAGUGCAGUAAUGGUGGGAUAUGCCUCAGAGGUCUGAAACGCUAUGCAUGCCUCUGUCCAAGAAACACAACAGGACCUUACUGCAGAGAGAGGGUCCCAGAACUUCCAUGGUAUAUCGACAGGUUUCCAUACCCAAAACUUCCAGUGUCCAUCUGUGGAAAUGAGAAAUGGAAGUAUAAUUGCUUCAAUGGUGGGAAUUGCUCCUCUGUGGUGGACACAUGUAACUGUCUACCUGGAUUCACUGGACAAUGGUGUGAGAUGGAGGUGGACGAAUGUGCAUCUGACCCCUGCCUUAAUGGAGGCUUCUGUCGUAACCUGAUCAACAGGUUCCAGUGUGUGUGUGAGAUUAGCUUUGCAGGUGAUCACUGUCAGAUUGAUGUCAGUGACUUCUACAUCUAUGUAUUUCUGCUGCUGUGGCAGAACAUCUUCCAGCUGUUGUCAUAUCUCAUCCUGCGUUUAGAUGAUGAACCAGAGAUUGAAUGGAAUGCAGCCAAUGAUGACUAGGACUGAAAAACAGAACUUUUUCUUGGACACUCUUUAUCACUCUACAAGAUGUGAGUUGAUGAUGAAUGGACAUAAUACACAAAGGCCUUUAACAAUUAUUAGAGGCCAUUAUGGUUGACCAUAAUUGUGAGUUUUCAACACCAAAUCUAUAACCACAUAGUCAGUAUUGGUGGGGACCAAAUGUAAUAGUUUUAGAAACUCAUUAAAACCCAUCUCGGUCGAUAACUAAUCUAAAUGUUAUGGACACAUGUUCCCUUUAAUGUCUGUAGUGGUUCCAGCCCUGAUCAUCAUCUGAUAAAUGUGCAGGAUAGCCUGAAGCCUUUCAAUGGCAGUUAAUAGAAAAUGAAAAUUAUUAUAGAGCAUUGGUUCUCAACUGGUGGUUCACAACCCAAAAUUUGGACUCCCCCAAAACAGUCAACGGUCAUGGAAGAAACGCACAUUAAAGUGUUUAGUGGAAGAUUCUGAAACAAAUGUGGAGAUGUGGCGCAGCUCUGAAAGCUGUCCGUCUAGCGUAUGUCCAUAGAACUGGUGGGACAGGUGAUUCUCAGAACAGUAUACCCCAUGGUACGUUAAUGCGACCCUGGUUACAUGCUGACUGAUUUCACAGGCAAAUCAGGAGCAGUACGUUGAUUUUUCUUUAGAUAAAUUCAGUCUGUGCUGACGGAAAUGAGAAAUAUUGCCCCCAGUGGCCAAAGUGGUAAGUGUUGUUGGGUGUAUGAGCAGUGUGAGCUCCAUUUUCUAGGUGAAAUGUCCACAAUGGGGUGCCAAAAGUGAGUUGUGAAGUGAAUAGCUUUAAGCUGUACAGAAUGUACUACAGUGAAGAGGACUGCAUACUGCAUUUCAUUAUCUGUACCCCAACCCAAACCCCAAACCUAAACCUAACCAUGUAAUGCAAUUGUAAUGUUAGAUGGAAAAAUGCAACCUCUGGAUUGCGGUUGUCACUGAUUACGUAAACAUGAUAACUUCCUUUUAACAAAAAAAAAAACCACGCAAUUUAUAAAC